AUGGCUGGACACACAAAGAAGCGCUCGGGCAGGCGCACAGCAAAUGCUGUUGAAGAGACCGACAUGGAUAUCCGGAAGGCAUCGCGCAUCAUGGAGCAGGACUCGGAAGACGAGUUUAUUGCGUCGCGCGACAAGGUGCUUCUGGGCCACGACCGGCGGCUGGCACGGCACGAUGGCGGCAACGACAACGAGUCGGACGAGGAAGUCAUGGCAGUGAAAACAGCCAACCUGUCGUCUUCUGAAGAGUCCGAGGAGGGCGAGGAGGACGAGGAAGAUUUUUACAGCGGCGGUGAGGACGCCGAGCAGGAGCUGGAGGACGAGGAAGGGGCGUGGGGCAAGCAAAAGUACAACUACUACGACGCCGACGACAUCGGCACGGACACAGACGACGACGAGGCAGCGGCCAAGGAGGAAGAGGAGGAGGCGCUGCGGCUGCAGAAGAAGCAGCUCGAGGCCCUGGACGAGGCCGAUUUCAUUGACGAGCUGGGAGCCGAGCUGGGCGUGGACAUGGGCGGCGAGUCGCGCCUGGUCUCGUCAAUGGACGAUGGCAACGCGCAGAUCGACCUGGACCGCGUCUCUCUGGAUGUCUCUGGACAGUACGACCUGUCGACUGCCAAGCGUGCGGCGCUGCUGAAGCUGUCUGAGAAGGAGAAGCUCAAGAUCCUGCAGGCCGAGGCCCCGGAGCUUCUGGCGCUGUGCGGUGACGUGCAGAGCUACUGGCAGGAGGUACGCAGUGUCAAGCCCAGGCUGGAUCGCGCCCAGGAGCUGGGCGUGGGGGAGCACCCGGCGCUGGCGUUUUAUAUGGCCAAGUACCAGCUACUGAUGAGCUACCUGAAUAACGUUGCUGUGUAUCUGGUGCUGCGGGCGUCGGAGUCUGAGGCCCGCGGCGGUGUGCCGGUGCGCGACCACCCUGUGAUUGCCAGCCUGGUCGAGUUCCGUCGCCGCAUCGAAAUGAUGGAGGCCCUGGAGACGCGCCUGGCGCCUGUGCUGCGUCUGUUUGCCGACGAGCUGGCAUCCGGCGCUAUCGACGAUACAGAAGAGCCCAUGCAAGCAGCCGCAUCGCCCAGCAGUGACUCGGAGAUGUCGGAGCCCCUGCCCAAGCCCAAGAAGAGCGCCCAGAAGAAGAAGCAAAAGAAGCAGCAGGUGUUCCUGGAGGCAGCACCCAUUACCGACAGCUACGCGGAGCUGCAGGCAAUGCUGAAGCGCGAGAAGAAGAAGCAGAAGAAGCAGAAGCCAGUGGAGGAGGACUAUGGCGAGAUGGAGCACCUGGAGGAGGGCGAUGCCGAGGACAAGGCGCGGGCGAUCCGGCGACUGCGGCACCACGCGAAGCGCGUAGCACAGGCACACACGAAGCGCAGCAACAAGAGCACCUUGUCGGGCGACAUGGACCUGCCGUACCGCGAAAAGAAGCGCCUGGAGAAGCUGCGCUACGACGACGCGUCGGCAGCGGCGGCACGUGCCCAGGCCGACGAGUUUGGAUCGGACCUGGAGGAGGACCUGGGCGAGGCUCCCGAGGACGACUACUACCAGGCGGUGCAGCGCCAGCAGCAGGCGAAGAAGCAGGCGAAGAAGCAGGCCAAGGAGCAGGCGCUGCAGGCCAAGGUGCAGAUGAUGGUGGAGGCGAAUCGCGCCGAGGAGCAGGAUGUGGAGAUGGACCAGAAGCGCAAUGUCAACUACCAAAUCCUCAAGAACAAGGGCAUGAUGCCCAGGCGCACAAAGGAGCAGCGCAACCCGCGUGUCAAGCGCCGCAUGCGCUUCGAGCAGGCAAAGAAGAAGCUCAAGAGCUCUGUCGCCCAGGUGCGCAAGCAGGAGGGUUCCUAUGGCGGAGAAGCCACUGGUAUCAAGUCGAAUCUGUCGCGCAGCACCCGUCUUGGCUAAGUGUUUUUAUUCUUAUUGUUUACACCAUACUUCACUCACAACGG